ACCUUACUCUGGUAUUCUUGCAAACUGCAAGGAAGUGUGUGUUUUUUAGUUUUUGCUCUUAAAAGCUUUGCCACCUUAGCAUCAUAUUUGUCGUUGUGGUUCCUUUUCUUCCUAUGAGGUAUCUCUUGCUGCUUCUAUGCUUUUCUACGUUGAUAUAUGCUGCUUAUGCCUUGAGCUCAGAAGGGUUGAUUUUGUUCUCCCUCUUGAGGCACUGGAAUGUUGUGCCUGGUGGCAUAAACUCCACCUGGAAGGCCUCUGAUUCCACUCCAUGCUCAUGGGUUGGAGUGCAUUGUGAUCAAGUCGACAAUGUAAUUUCUCUAAACCUUAGUAGUUAUUCUAUUUUUGGUCAAUUAGGACCCGAAAUUGGACAUUUGAUUCACUUGCAAACCUUAGACUUGUCAGGUAAUGAUCUCUAUGGAAAAGUUCCCCCACAAUUAGGUAAUUGUAGCAUGCUUGAGAAAUUGAUUCUUUCUGCGAACAACUUUAGUGGAGAAAUACCUGAAAGCUUCAAAAACUUGCAAAAUUUGAAGUACUUGGACAUUUCUUCUAAUCUUCUUAACGGGGAUAUUCCUGCAUCCUUGUUUGAAAUUACUCACCUAGAAGAAGUGUAUCUUAACAACAAUAGUUUAACUGGUUCCAUUUCCCCAAGUGUUGGGAAUAUCACUGAGCUGGUCACACUUGAUCUUCAUAAUAAUCAGCUGUCAGGGACAAUUCCCACAUCCAUUGGAAAUUGUAGUAAAUUAGAGAAUCUGUAUUUGGAAAGGAAUCAAUUGGAGGGAGUUAUUCCUGAGAGUCUAAAUAAUCUCAAAAAUCUCCAUGAUUUAUACCUGAGUUAUAAUAAUCUUGGAGGCACUAUUCAGUUGGGAUCUGGAAAUUGCAAAAAGUUAUCUUAUUUGAGUCUUUCUUACAAUCAUUUUAGUGGGGGUAUACCAUCAAGCUUGGGGAAUUGUAGUAGUCUAAUAGAGUUUUAUGCUGCAGGGAACAACUUAGUUGGCAGUAUACCAUCAACCUUGGGCCUAUUGCACAAGCUUUCCAUUCUAAUAAUUCCAGUGAACCUAUUUUCUGGGAACAUACCUCCACAGAUUGGCAAUUGCAAAUCACUGGAAGAGUUACAUUUGUAUUCCAAUGAACUUGAGGGAGAAAUUCCUAGUGAAUUGGGAAACUUGAGUACUCUACGUGAUCUUAGAUUGUAUGAAAACUUUUUGACAGGGGAAAUUCCACUGGGCAUAUGGAAAAUUCAAAGCCUUGAACAUAUCCUAGUGUACAAUAAUAGCCUUUCAGGAGAGCUACCUAUAAUGAUGACAGAACUCAAACAUCUCAAGAAUAUCUCUUUGUUCAGCAACCAAUUCUCUGGAGUCAUACCUCAGAGUCUAGGAAUCAAUAGCAGUUUGGUGAUGUUAGACUUCAUGUACAAUAAUUUCACCGGUACCCUCCCACCGAAUCUUUGUUUUGGAAAGCAAUUAGACAAGCUGAAUAUGGGUGGCAAUCAAUUUAAUGGUAGCAUACCUGCUGAUGUAGGAAGGUGCACAACUCUUUCAAGGGUGAGACUUGAAGAAAAUAAUUUUACUGGGCCUCUUCCUGAUUUUGAAACUAAUCCAAAUGCCUAUUACAUGAGCAUCAGCAACAACAAUAUCAGUGGAGCAAUUCCAUCAAGUUUGAGAAACUGCACAAAUCUCUCUCUUUUAGAUCUGUCCAUGAACAGCUUGACAGGUCUUGUACCCUCGGAGUUGGGAAACCUUGUGCAUCUCCAGUCUUUGGAUCUUUCUCACAAUAACUUGGAAGGUCCUUUGCCAAAUCAGCUGUCCAAAUGUACCAAACUGAUCAAGUUUGAUGUGGGAUUCAAUUUCUUAAAUGGUUCAUUUCCAUCAAGUUUUCAGAGCUGGAUAGCAUUAACAACUUUAAUUCUCUCAGAGAAUAAUUUUAGUGGGGGUAUCCCAGAUUUCUUGCCUGAAUUUGAAAAGCUGAAUGAGUUACAACUUGGUGGAAAUAUGUUUGGAGGAAAUAUUCCUACAUCAGUUGGAAAAUUGCUGAAUUUGUUAUAUGGGUUAAAUCUAAGUGCUAAUGGGAUGAUAGGUGAGCUUCCUAGAGAGAUUGGAAACCUGAAGAAUCUGCAAACACUGGAUCUAUCUUGGAACAAUUUAACAGGAAGUAUUCAAGUUCUUGAUGAGCUCAGUUCAUUAUCUGAAUUCAACAUCUCAUACAAUUCUUUCGAAGGUCCUGUGCCACAACAGCUGAUGAAGUUACCAAAUUCUUCGGUAUCAUUUUUGGGCGAUCCUGGCCUAUGUGUCAAUUUUUCAUUAUUAAAUGGGUUGAAUUUCACUCAAAGCAGCUAUUUAAGGCCAUGUGAAACAAAUUCAAAAAGCCUCAGUAAAGUUGCAAUUGUGAUGAUAGCACUUGGAUCCUCAAUAUUUGUUGUUCUGCUGCUGGGACUAGUUUACAUAUUCUUUAUCAGAAAUAUUAAGCAGGAAGCCAUAAUCAAGGAGGAAGAUGAUUCUUCAGCACUUCUCAAUAAAGUGAUGAAAGCUACAGAAAACCUAAAUGAUAAGUAUAUUGUUGGCAGAGGAGCUCAAGGAGUUGUUUACAAAGCAGCAAUAAGUCCAGACAAAAUUUUGGCUGUAAAGAAGCUUGUAGUUUCUCAAAAUGAGGGGAAAAGCCCAGGUAUGAUCACAGAAAUUCAAACCCUUGGGAAGAUAAGGCAUAGAAAUUUGGUCAAAAUGGAAGGGUGCUGGUUGAGAGAAAACUAUGGUCUAAUUGCUUACAGAUACAUGCCAAAUGGGAGCCUUCAUGAUGCUUUGCAUGAGAAGAAUCCACCACAAUCUUUGGAAUGGCAUGUCAGGAAUAAGAUAGCUGUUGGAAUUGCUCAUGGAUUGGCUUAUCUUCAUUAUGAUUGUGAUCCUGUUAUAGUGCAUAGAGACAUCAAGACAAGCAAUAUACUUCUAGAUUCUGAGAUGGAGCCUCACAUUGCAGACUUUGGUGUUGCCAAGCUUUUGGAUCAGCCUUCUACAUCAAAACAGUCAAUAUAUGUCAUUGGUACAAUUGGUUAUAUUGCACCAGAGAGUGCUUAUACAACAACAAAGCGUAAGGAGUCUGAUGUAUACAGUUAUGGGGUAGUUUUGUUGGAGCUGAUAUCAAGAAAGAAAGCAUUGGAUCCAUCAUUUAUGGAAGGAACGGAUAUAGUUAAUUGGAUAAGAUCUGUAUGGGAGGAAACAGGAGUUGUUGAUGAAAUUGUUGAUUCAGAGCUUGCUCAUGAAAUUUCAGACUGUAAUGUGAUGAAACAAGUUACCAAGGUGCUUUUGGUGGCUUUGAGAUGUACAGAAAAGGAUCCAUGCAACAGACCCACGAUGAGAGAUGUUGUCAAACAUUUGUAGAUGCAAAUCCUUCCCACACAAGAAAGAUGUACUAGUUUUCUUAAGGCAUGUUUAUGUAUUGUAUAAUCAUGACAAUGUUUUCUGUUUUGCCUCUUCUGGUUUCGGUUUUAGUGUACAAAGGUUAUGUUCUAUUAUCAUGCACUUAUUUGCAUAUAGGAAAUAGGAAAAGAUGAUAUAAGAGUGGGUUAUGGAUACUUUAAUGGCAUAAUACAUUUGAUAAAAAAAAAAAAAGAAUUGAAUUUUCUAACAUUGAGUUUGUACACAUACGUGUUACUUGUAUGUUGGUGUUCAGAUUUUAACAUAAUCUGUACAAGGUAGAAGAGGAAUACUACAGUUUUAACAG